ACACACACACAUUCAUAUUCAUCACUCUUUUUCUCCUUCAUUUCCCCUUUCAAACCCCUCUUCUCUUUUUUUUUUCUGCAUUAUUUUGCUUCCUAAUUUUUUACCUCCUCCUUCUUUAUCCCCGUGUUUCUUUUUCUUUCUUCUUUUUGGGGCUUAUUUUAGGGUUUCAAAACUUUUCAAAAGUCUUCCCGUUCCUAAAUUUUAAAGCAAUUCAUCCCCAAAUUCGAAUCUUCACUCUCAUCCCCCUUUUCUCUCUCGUUUCCCAGCUCCCAUUUUCGCUCUGAAAGUCCUCUCCAGAGAAUUGAUUUUUUUUCUUAUCUUUUAAUUUUUUUCCUUCGUUGGUUGAUGUAAAUUUUCAAAUUUUGAUUUGGUGGAAGAAUCGGUUGGUGAGUAGCUGAAAACAACGGAUGUUGUUGCGGUUGUGGGGUUGAUUGAGGGUUCAAUAGUGAAUUUGAAAUGGUGGGGUGCUUGUGAAGAUUAGAAAACUUUUUCCUUUUUUGGAACCCUAGCUAGUUUGCUGUCUAGAAACAUGAAAUAAUUGGUGAUUCAUUUCCGGGGGGUGUUUAUGGUUUUUGUGUGAUUUUCAAUUGGAGAAGAAGAAGAAGCGUUAUGGAGAAUGGUUAUGAUAGGAAAUUGGCUGAGAACUUCUCAGCUUUGCGGAUUAAUAACCAACAUGGUCAACAUCAGCAAGUGCAUGAUCAAUCUCACUUCGAUGCUAACAACAGUGAUAACUUGUAUCAGGUCAUGAAGGCUGUUGAAGCUGCUGAGGCCACCAUUAAGCAGCAGGUGGAAGAGAAUAAUCGGCUCAGGGCUGAACUUUUGAACAAAAUUCAAGAACUAGAAAGAUAUAAGCAAGGUGAAUCAGUGGAUCAAAGAUCUCCUUUGGUUGCUCCUUUGCAGGAGCAGGGUCAUAGAUCAUAUCAAUCAGUUCCAUCAUCAAGUACGCUAGAACAUAUGAUGAAUGCCAGAGGUGAAAUAGUUAAUCGUUCUGAGAACAGUCAAAUAAAUGGGACAUAUAGAGUACAACCAAAUGAUCAGCGACCUGUGGAUAAUGCUGGCCCUUCACAGUUGUCUUCGCCAUCUACAAGUUCAGUCUCUCCUGGCCGGCAUCUACCAGGAGACUAUGAUCCCCGAUUCAGUUCACCUCAGCAGGGCUUGAUGCCAGUGGCAGAAAUGAAUAACUCUAAUACUUUACUGAAGCAGGAUUUGGCUAUCAAGGUACGAGAACAUGAAGAAGAGAUCAUCCAAUUAAGGAAACAUCUUGCAGAUUUUUCUGUAAAGGAAGCACAAAUACGUAAUGAAAAAUAUGUCUUGGAAAAGCGGAUUGCAUACAUGCGCUUGGCCUUUGAUCAGCAGCAGCAAGAUCUUGUAGAUGCAGCGUCAAAAGCUUUAUCAUAUCGACAAGACAUAAUUGAAGAAAAUAUACGUCUAACAUAUGCAUUGCAGGAUGCUCAGCAGGAACGAACAACAUUUGUUUCAUCUUUGAUGCCACUUCUUGCAGAGUACUCCUUGCAGCCGCCUGUUGUUGAUGCCCAGUCGAUUGUUAGCAAUGUCAAGGUUUUAUUUAAACAUCUGCAGGAAAAACUUCUUCGCACCGAGUCGAAGCUAAAGGAGUCACAAUAUCAAUUGAUGCCAUGGCGUCCGGAUUUGAACAAUGCCAAUAUUGCUACGCAAUCACCAUCUCACCCAAUUGGUGCACCUUUGGCAACUUCAAAUAAAAAGGGCCUUGAGCUGGUACCUCAGGAGCUGUACUCCCAAGCAAGGACUCAGGUUUCUGUUGAUUCUCACAUGGGCAAUGAUUGGGAUAUGUUUGGCCGCACACAGACUGGCAUGGGUAGUGGUGUGACAACCAAUGUUGACGGGGAUGAUUCGGGGAGAUAUUCACCUUAUGCAAGCAGGAAUUCUUCAGCUCAUGAUGUACCCAUCCACCUAGGUGAUGCUCAUCCUCCACAUUAUGGAGAGGAGAUAACUAACAAACAGGUGACGUUUCGCGAACCUGUGAGCAACAAUGAUGUGGAUGAUCCUGAUGGAGAUGGAAACAAUAGUGAGAGAGAAACAUCUGCUAACUGGAGUGGCAAUGCGCCUUAUACAACCGCUGUUGAUGAACCUGCUCCCUCGUAUUCUCCAUAUUUGCCACCUGUUCUUGAAGAACCUUCUUCGUCAUUUUCUGAGGCUGCCGACGAUGAUCCCUUACCAGCCAUAGAGGGCCUUCAAAUUUCUGGGGAUGCCUUUCCAGGAAGGGAACUUCAGGCAUGCGGAUACUCCAUCAAUGGCACCACUAGUUGUAAUUUUGAGUGGAUUCGACAUUUGGAAGAUGGUUCCUUUAAUUACAUCGAUGGGGCAAAGCAACCCAACUAUCUUAUCACUGCUGACGAUGUUGAUACAUUGCUUGCCAUUGAAGUCCAGCCUCUGGAUAACAGGAAGCGCAAGGGAGAACCUGUGAAGGUUUUUGCCAAUGAAAACAAAAAGAUUACUUGUGAUCCUGAAAUGCAGAGUUGCAUAGAAAAAGCUUUUUACACGGGACAAGCUUCAUAUAAAGUUACUCUUUCGACUGGAUAUCUUGAUAUAUGGGAACCAGCCACAUUGACCGUUAAGAAGGAAGGUUAUAGUAUCAAAUGUAGUGGACCAAAUGGAGUAGUCAUCACAGAAAAGUUUGCGUCUUCCAGCAGUGUUAUGAUUCCAUAUGGACAUGUUUCAGAAUUUAUUAUAAUGGGUUCAAGUGGCACUGACCAUCUGUUAAGAGCAGAAAGCACUCCAACAGAUGUUUCUGGUGCAAGAGAUACUAUUGUGCUCACCUUGAGAUUAUUCAUCUUAAGGGCUGCGGAGAAAAAGAGAGGGAAGAAAAAAGGAUUAUUCUUUAACAGUUUAAAUUUGAAGUGAAGAAUGGUAGCUGUUUGGCAGAAAAUCUCUGCUUCAUACAGAAGGGUACUGGGAUGGGAGAUGUGUUUUGUGUGUGGAACGAAAAUUUUGCUCCUUUCAUAUUUAUAUAUACUAGGGCCGAAUUAGCUUGAGCUGUAGUUGUGAAUUUAUGUAUUCUUUUUGAAUAUUCAGUAAUUAUUUUUUCCCCCCAUAGCCCUGUAAGUCAAGUGUUGUAUUGCUUGCUGUACUAGUCAUUCUUGUGCAUAUUUUUUUCUUGCAUAUUCAUUCUAGUUUUCUCACUUAAGUGAAAAUGAUAUAUAGUUACCAUUUGAAAUUCGUGUAACCUGUCCCGUUUUCCGGUUUCUUUUUGUUGUCAUUUUUCUUUUUAAUAGAAAAGUUGGAAUAUGUAUCAAUAAUAGUUUAGGUAUUAUUAUUAUUAUUAUUAUUAUUUGGUUGUGAUGGUAUUGUUUUAUCAGCUGUUAAAAAGUAAAGGGAUUUUUAUAUUCAAUCUGUAUUCAUCAUUUCCAAUAAAGUCAGUAAAUUUGAUGUGCUGUUUUAUGUGAGUACAUUAUUCUUGUAAUAGUAUGUGGGGAAAUUCUGAUUGAAGACCCAAUAAAAGACUUGUUGAGAAAUAGUUUUUACUUUAAACUAUCAUUAUCUAUGACUGAUGGUAGAGGUUGCCAUGCAUUACAAUAACAAUUGUCAUUCGAAGUAGGUUGAUCUAUUAUUUCUUUCCACUUUUCUUUUUCCUCUCUUUUUUCCUUUUUUUUCACCCUCUUUUCUUUUUCUUCGCUUUCUCUGC